AUGGGCGACGAAAUCCACCGGUCUGACAACAACACGCUGAACGAGGUCCUGAACAAAAGCAGCACGGUCGAUCCGAAGCUGUAUGAGCGCUAUCUGACAAACAAGGCUAUCGACGAACCGGCUUAUACUGUGCUGGCUGUUAUGUACGGUGUGCUAAUUGUGCUGGGCGCUCUAGGAAAUACUCUUGUCAUAAUCUCGGUGGUGAGAAAAGCCUUAAUGCGCACGCCUCGCAACAUGUUUAUAUUCAACCUGGCGGUGGCAGAUUUAUUGCUGUGCACCGUCACAAUGCCACUCACCUUAAUGGAAAUCUUAACGAAAUAUUUUCCAUUAGGCAACUACCUGUUCGUGUGUAAACUGAUCGGCAUCUUGCAGGCUACGAGUACCUACGUUUCCACUCUAUCCAUCACAGCGAUCGCUCUCGAUAGAUAUCAAGUAAUAGUCUAUCCAACAAUCGAGAGUCUUCAGAUAUUCGGCGCAGCUUCUAUACUGUCAGCAAUAUGGUUGAUAGCUAUGCUACUGGCCUCACCUCUAUUCUUCAUCCGACACCUAACACAUCACGAACUGCCUAUGACGGGAAACGUCAUUUUUAGUCUGGACUUUUGCAUAGAAAAUUGGCCAGUGGACCACGGUCGCGCAUACUACUCGAUAUUUUCGCUGAUUUUCCAGUAUACUUUACCAAUUCUGAUAGUUUCGUGUUCGUACUGGAGUAUAUCCCACAAACUAAAACGAAGAUUCCAAGGAGUUCUAGUAAGCACAGAUGAAAACUUUCAAAGAAACAGGAGACAGCUUCGAGGAAGAAGAUUACAAAGGACGAAUAUUCUGCUGGGGUCCAUAGCAAUCAUAUUCUGCAUUAGUUGGUUACCUCUAAAUUUGUUCAACCUCAUAGCGGAUCUAUCGACUGAUUCGAAUAAGUUUACUAGUCAACCCAUGAUGGUAUGCUACGCCAUUUGCCACAUGAUGGGCAUGUCCUCCGCCUGCUCCAACCCCAUCCUCUACGGCUGCCUCAACGAGAACUUCUGGAAAGAGUUCAAGGACAUCCUGUGCAUCGAGAAACGUAUAGACGAGGUUGCCGGAACUUCACAAAAACUCUCCAUCCGCCGGAAGUCUCAAAAAAACCGCUCAAAGCCGGACCUAGUGACCGGCGCUACGGAUUAUCAACAGUGUAACACGGUGAGCACCGACAUGACCAUGUUGACUAAGUGUUAGCGAUUAAUGAACUUCGCGUCGCGCAAGAACGGCAACGCCGCCGUCAAGCGCAACGACGUGAUCAACUCGAUCUUGUGAAGUGAACGUGUGAUGCGGGUAUGGGACUGAUACGGAACGAAGUGAUUUUGUGGUGCUAUCCAGUAAGGAUGUUGUAUAAUGAAUAUUUUUGUAGCGGUAAACAGCUUUAAGACUUAUGAAGUAGAUAUAUAUUAUUGUACGUUAUUUCUAUUUAAGUAUCUAAGUCAGUUAUUUUGAUGAGUAUUAUUGUUGAUUGAAGUUUUUUCAUUAGCAUUUAACUAAAUGCAUAACCAAUAAAAAACACUUAAUGUUUCGAAGAAUACAUUCAUUUGAAGAGUUAAAAAAAUUAUAAAACUUAAAUAUACAGGAUGUUUCCUACGAACGCUAAAACAUUUACUUACACUCAUUCUUUAUCUUAUUUUGUGUUGGUACAUUUCAUUACAUUCAUUCUUUAUCUUACUGUGUGUGAAUGCUAAUUAGUUCGAAGAAGUCCAACAGCAAAGUUAAUAAAGAUGCAUAUUUUAUUAUUUUGUUUUAUACAGGAAGACGCAAAAAAAAGGAAUAAACUUGUAUUUUAUUAUAACCCUCAAUUUUUAGUACCGUAGUAAGGGCAACAUGGACAAUAUAUUUGAUUAUACAUGGUAUUUUUGGCCGAAAGCACAAUAUUUAGAAUAUUACAUCCCAA